AUCGUCAUGUAUUUAGAGUAAGAUUCUCUCUGCAACACUACACUUGCGACAAGAAGCCAAAUUGCACCCCAUUAUAAUCUUUCAUUGAUCUCAUUGUCCCAUUAUUAAACAAAACAAAUAAUAAAUGUAAAACAAAACUAAACCAAAGCAAUAUCAAGCUAAGCUACCUUGCCUUGAAACUUCUCUCUCUCUCUCUCUCUCUCUCUCUCUUUAUUUUCUCAGCUUUGAAAAACACUCGCACGCUCAUCAUAAAGUCAAUGCACCGAUUGGUUUUUAGUUCAGUGGAUCUGAUCAUUCUUUAAUUGAUAGCUGGUUUUGCAGUAGUGGACAAGGGAGAAUUGGGUUGAUGAAUUCUGAGACGAGACAGGAAAGAAUUUCAGCAGAAAGCCGACUCAACUGCAGGCAAUCAUUGACAAGUUUGAUUAGAAUAUCCAAAAAUAUAAUAUGUACAGAUCAUUCGUCACAUGUGAUGAUCCAAAAGGAGUUGUAGAAUGUGGGACAAUUAGAAAAUCUAAGAGUGUCUCACAAAAAAUCGAGGAGGAUAAGAUCAAAACUCAUAGAACACGAAAGAACUCAAAUACAUCUUUAGCACACAAGGGAAAGAAGGAAGAGAUGGUGCCUAAAGGGAAUGCAGAAGAUAAUCAUAGUCCGUCUUCGUUUCAGCUACUUGAAGUGUCCAGAGGAGCUCAGAAGCUGAACCAUUUGAUUGAUUCAUGGUCUAAAGGGCUGAACUAUGAUGGCCAAUCUAAAGAUAUUGCAAAAGAUCUGUUGAAAGGAGCUCUUGACCUGCAAGAGUCUCUAACUAUGCUUAGCAAGUUGCAAGAAGCUUCACAGUAUAUGGCUCAUUUGAAGAAAAAGCAAAAGGAGAAAGUGGAAAGAGGCAGAAUUGAUGAAGUGGGGAGCGAGAGAAUGAAUUCGCAUCUAUUUGGAGAUCAUAACCAGCAGCAAGGAUUUCAAAAUCCACGGCUUUCGGCUGAUGGUUCUUCGAGAGAUUGCAUUGAGGAGCUUAGGAAUGCCAUUAGAGAUGGCCUUGCUAGGCAAAAUUUACUUUCAAACACAUCUAGACAAGAGAAAUUUGAUAAGAGAAAGAUGGACUCCAUAUCACAUUUUCUCUCCACUAGCUCAAGCCAAUUGUCUGUGGUUCACUCUGACCAUAAUCAUUCUACUGCCUCCUCCUCAUCACAAACUGCUUUACCAAAGAAAGAGAAAACUUCGAAUUUGAUUGCCAAGCUAAUGGGCCUGGAAGACAUCCCCUCAAAAGCGAUGUUGCAAUCUCCGCAGAAACAGUUAGAAAUGGAGAAGAAUAUGAGUCCACAGAGGCCAGUAUUUGAUAUUGACAUGCCCAGGCUAAGGAAUCCUCAAUCCAUAAUACAGAAGGUAGAUUCAGAGCAACGGACACUGAAGGAAAUUCUUGAAACUGUUCAAUUUCAAGGGCUUCUGAAAGGAAGUUCUACCAAAGAGCGCAAGUUUCAGUCUCAUCAAUCCAGUAAUUUUCAAAACCAACAAAGGUUUAUUGAUGAUAUUACUCCAAUUGUACUUAUAAAGCCGAUGCGUGUUUCCCAGUCAGUAUCAGAAGAGGCUUCUCCUCCAAUGGUUUGGGAACAGGGAGCCUUGAGCAGAAAAAUGAUGCUGAGAAAAAUGAGAAUGAAAGAAGAGCUUGUUCCCAGAUCAAUAGAUGAAAAAAGAGUGACUUCAAAUUCAAGUAAAAGGAAUUGCAGAACUGAAGCCGAAAAACCUCCAAUUGAAAGGGUAAUCCAAGAAGGAGCUAAGGAUCACAUAGAGGAAGUUAUGAUACCAGAAGAGAAAGAAAUCAAAGAAGUCAGGACUAUCCACCAGAAAGAAGCGGCUGUGAAUGUGAACAGGGUGAACAGAAAACUGAAAGCAGAAAAGGCUCUGGUGAAAAGACAUGUUCAUGAAGAAGGAAUAAAGGACUGUAAAGAUAUAGUCCAACGGACAGAAGAGAAGGAAGUCAGGAAAAAAUUGAAAAACUCUUCUAAGAUGGGAGUCUCUAAUCCUGCAACUCACCAACAACAAAAGAAUGAGACGACAGAUACGAAAGUGGAUAAAGCGCAGAAGGUAGACGCCAAUAGUAGGAAGCCAGUAGAGAAGGAGACUGCAAGGACUAAAAAUGUGUCAAGAGAUCAAGAGAAGUUGACCUCUACAAGGCCGAGAAAACCUGAUAUUGGAUCAAUUACUACAAAUGAUCAUAUUUUACAGCAAUGUACUUCCACCCGAAAAAACAUCUCAAAGCACGUAACACAGAGUAUAAUUCAUAAUUCUAAGAAUCGGAAGCCGAAGGACAAGCAAGCCAGAAACCAUACAUCAGUUAAACCAAUUACUGAUAAUUUAGAAAGCAAAGAAGAUGAGAAGAGGAUAGAUAUAUCAUGUAAUAAUCACUCUCAAAAGAAAGAAUCCACCACCACUGUUGUAGAUCUACUAUCUGUGACGGAGGAAGCCAAUGCCUCUGAAUUUCUAACUGCAGAGCAUUGUGAUGAUAGCAAGAGUUCUCUUUGCAUCGAUAUUAUGCCAGCCUCCGUAUGUGAAAAGACUUCCAAAUCUUGCAAAGAAGCUGAUGAUCAUAUGACUCAGAUUAGAACAGAGAGUUCAAUCUUCAAAACAGGAAACCAAUUGAAAGAUUUGCUUUCGACUAGUCCAUCAUUCCUGAAUCUUGCAGAGGAUGCCUUCCAUCUAAAUAUGAGUUAUCCUAAGAUCAUACCAACAUAUGGCAUCUAUAACGGGGGAGAUAUCGAUGUUAAACUCUCUUUAGAUUAUGCAAAUGAAUACAUUGAACGUAGAAGCCUUCCAGAUUCAAAAACAAGGCAUCCUCUAUUAUCUUGCAUGGAAAAUUCAAGAUUUCAUAUAUGUUUGGAUCAGUUAGUGGAGGAAGUUUGUAGUGGAGUUGAAACUCUCAAAAGCUUCCAUAAGCUUGCUUGUGACGAGCUUCAUGCUGAUAGCCUGUACGCAACCCUAGAGAGAGAUAUGAUGUGCAAAGGAGUGGUGAAUGGAAUAUGGGAUCUGGGUUGGAGGAGCGGAUGCUCGUCGGAGGAAGUUGAGCAGACGGUGAAUGAUUUAGAGAAGUCGCUUGUAAGUGAGUUGAUAUGGGAAGUGUUCUCAUAAUGCUCUGUUUUUCCAUUCUAUAUUAUGCUUGUAUUAACAUACAGGUUUCAGACGUAGGAGAAGCUACUGUUCUGUAAAUAAGAGCCUUUUGUUAAUAGAAAACAGAAAAUGGGAUUUUCUGAUCA